GGCUUCCAAUCAGAGGCAGAAGCGCGCGGGCACGGGCCAAUGGAUGCCAGGAGAGGCGGGGUUAUAGACCCGGAAGUGAAGACAAACCGGAAGCGGGUCCCUAAGACCACGUGGGAGCGCUAUGGGGAUUGGGGGGAAAAUCAACCGGCCCCGGACGGUGAACGGAGGGAGCUCCGUAAGAAGCUGUUCAAGCGGCGGCGGGAGCUGGCGCGGGGACGGCGGCAGAAACGGCGGUCGGGCCCGGCGGUGUCGGUGCCGCCCCCGCUGUGGGGGAAGAGGCGGCGGAAGGAGCUGAAGCGGCUGCGGGGAGCGGCGAAACGGGCGCUGGAGGCGGCGGCGGCUGCGGGGAGAAAACCGGAGAUGGAAACGAGAAAGGGGAAAAGCAGCGACGUGGAGAUGGAAGAGGAGGAGCCCCUGGGGACAGCGGGGACACCCCCAGAGACACCCCUGGAGACACCCCCGGGGACAUCCCCGGGCACCGGGGGCACCUGACCCGCACCGGAGUCACUGGUGUCCCCUCCCCCUCAGCAGUGGCACUGGGGUCACCUCUCUGGCACUGGUUUGUCACUGGGGUCACCAGUGUCAUCUCCCCAGCACUGGGGCCACCUGUCCUUCACUGGGAUCACCUGAGUCUCACCAGUGUCACCAGUUUGCCACUGGGGUCACCAGGGGGGCACCAGUCUCACCUCCCUUUCCCCAGUGUCACCAGGGGCACUGGGGACACCAGCGUCACCUUCUUGUCACCAGUUCAUCCCCAGGGUCACUGGUGUCCCCUCCCCAGUGGCACUGGGGACACCUCCUGGCACCGGAGUCCCACCAGGGUGCCCAGUUUGUCACCAGGGUCACUUUGGGGACUGAUUCCUAAUUGUUGCUGUUUAUUGUUACUAUUUAAUGAUUCAUUAAAAUAUUCCCGUUUA